CUGAAUCUCUAUUCUGAAGGUCGCCACAAGCGCUUCUAUUUAAUUUGAACUGAAACUAAAGACUGCUGCGUUCAUCCUGACACCAACAAAAUUUAUAUCAUUUUCCUAUUUUCCUUAGUCACAUCUCCGCGUAGUAAAAUAACUUAGACAUCAAACCUAUUAAUAUUUUAAAUAGAUCAUAAAUUCGAUUAUACUCGAUUUAUCUGUUUUUAUUCGUUGUUAGAGUUACUUCGGUUUGCUAGUGUUGUACCUUGUUCAAACAACGAUCAGAACUUCUAUUCCAUAUUCGAAACACUUCGCUUUAAGUCUCUCUUUAUUCUACGUGGGUAUAUUUCUGCUGCUUACACACGAGAAUUAUCUUUCGGUCCAACUAUUUCUCAAAUUUACUGCUAUUUUACCGGUCAUCAUAGUUUUUUAAGUUGAAAUGGACGUGAAAAGCGAGAAGUUAGCCUACUUCAAGGGAGCUGAUUUGGCAGUUCCUGAAAUCAAAGACGACACUUUAGCCCAUUUUAUUGUGAGGAACAGCGAGGAAUACGCGCCAGAUGACAAGAUUGCAUACGUUGAUAUUUCGUCGAAUAACCGCACGAUGACGUAUGGGGAGUUCAGGAACAAAGUGUUCAGACUGUCGCAUGCAUUGGUGGGGAGGGGUUACGGGGUGGGAGAUGUGGCUUGUAUCCACUGCUGCAACAUCCCAGAGUUCAUAAUAGUGCAGCAGGCGGCAGUCGCUGCAGGCAUGGCUGUCACACUCUGCAACUCACUCUACUCUUCUUAUGAGGUGUCCCACCAGCUGAAAGACUCCAGCUCAGUCGUCAUUUUCACCCAGGCUGACCAGGCCGUAGUGGACAAGUGUGUGAAAGCAUCCUACGACAACAACUCAGAAGCACCUGACAAACCAGUCCCUACUGGUGUCAAGGAAAUUUUCACUCUUUCCGCUGAAAAACUCGAAGUUUCAACUGACACCAGAGGGAUCAAACUGAUGCACUAUCUUGACCUUUUGACCCCUGACACAGUAGAGUUCAACAAGAAGUUGCCUUCAGUGAAGAUCGACUGGAAAACAACCCGCGCUUUCAUUCCCUAUUCCAGCGGAACCACUGGACUUUCGAAGGGCGUAGCUUUGACGAACUACAACAUGUAUUACCAGGUCAAGCAAGUAACGGAGUUGGUUCACUUCGAGCCGCAAGAUGCCUUCUUUGCAAUCCCCCCACUCUACCAUAUCUACGGGUCACUCGUCUCGGGGCUAGUCUGUCCCCUCAAAGGUCUCACUACUCUUCUGCAACAACGAUUCGACUUCGUCACCAUGCUCAAAGGCAUUCAGGACUUCAAAGUGACCAAACUGGCCCUGGUUCCGCCCAUUAUUCUGGCCAUGGCCAAACAUCCAGUGGUUGAGAAAUUUGAUCUGUCAUCUGUCAAUGAGAUCCUCUGUGGCGCUGCUCCCAUGCCGGCUGAACAGAUCAAGAUUGCCUGUGACCGAAUUAACCCCAAGGGCAAAAUAGUAUUCACCCAAGGCUAUGGGAUGUCAGAGAGUGGAGGGGCUAGUUCGGGCACUCCCCCAGAUGCACCCUACGAGUACAUAGUUCAAGGAAGUGUGGGCAUCGCCAUUCCAGGCAGCGAAAUGAAAAUAAUGAGCAUUGAGACGGGUGAGACUGAGUUGUGUGGCGUGGAGGGGGAGGUGUGUAUGAGGGCCCCCUCUCUCAUGCAGUGCUACUUGAACAGAGAGGAGGAAACCAAGAACACAAUCAUGUCAGACGGGUGGCUCAGAUCAGGCGAUCUCGGCUACAUGAACGAAGAAGGGUAUUUGUGGAUCACAGACCGACUGAAGGAACUGAUCAAAUUCAAAGGGUUCCAGGUGCCCCCUGCCCAGCUGGAGGCAGUUCUCCUCACCCACCCAGCAGUGCAAGAUUGUGCGGUGAUCGGGAUUCCGGAGGAGAGUGCGGGUGAACUACCCAGGGCAUAUGUCAAGGUCAAGGAAGGCUUCGAGGGAAAGGUCACAGAGAGCGAGAUUCAAGCUUAUGUUAAAGAAAGAGUGGCACCUUUCAAACAACUGAAGGGCGGCGUCGCAUUCAUAGAUGUCAUUCCGAAGUCAGCGGCUGGCAAACUGCUUCGAAGGGUUCUCAAGGAAAACUACCUCAAGGAACACAAAUAGAAAACCUAGAACCUUCUAGAACAAUCUUCGGAGCAUUCUAGAAUAAUUUUAAUAAUCUUAACUAUUCUGAAACUCCAAGCAGUAAUUGAUUCGAGAUAAACAGCUUUAUAAUUUUCUUUUAUCAACAAAUUUG